AGGCUGUGGGAGAAGGGAGGGACCAAAGGAGAGAGCAGAGAGGGCUUCCAACCCAGUUGCCGACUAAGCAGAAGAAAGAUCAAAAAACGGAAAAGAGAAGAGCGAACGGGCACUUUCAGUAGCAAUCCCCUCACCUCCAAGCUGACUGCGCUCUAGGAAUCCAAAUCCCGUUCUUUCAGAGGACAAAGGCGCCCCAGGAGAGCGGCGGCAGGACCCCAGGGCGUGGGCCCCGCCGCGGAGCCCGCACCUCCCGGCGCCCCGACGCCGCGGACCAUGUCUCCCACCCCUCGAUCCUCCCGCAGCCUCCUGCUCCCGCUCCUCACGCUCGGCACCGCGCUCGCCUCCCUCGGCUGGGCCCAAGGCAGCAACUUCAGCCCCGAAGCCUGGCUGCAGCAGUAUGGCUACCUACCUCCAGGAGACCUGCGGACCCAUACACAGCGUUCACCCCAGUCACUCUCGGCUGCCAUUGCCGCCAUGCAAAGAUUCUAUGGUUUACAAGUGACAGGCAAGGCUGAUGCGGACACCAUGAAGGCCAUGAGGCGCCCUCGCUGUGGUGUUCCAGAUAAAUUUGGGGCUGAGAUCAAGGCAAAUGUUCGGAGGAAGCGUUAUGCCAUUCAGGGCCUCAAAUGGCAGCAUAAUGAGAUCACUUUCUGCAUCCAGAAUUAUACUCCCAAGGUCGGCGAGUAUGCCACAUUCGAGGCCAUCAGGAAGGCCUUCCGUGUAUGGGAGAGUGCCACGCCACUGCGCUUCCGUGAAGUGCCCUAUGCCUAUAUCCGAGAGGGUCACGAGAAGCAGGCUGACAUCAUGAUCUUGUUUGCUGAGGGUUUCCAUGGCGACAGUACACCCUUUGAUGGUGAAGGAGGUUUCCUGGCUCAUGCCUAUUUCCCGGGCCCCAAUAUUGGAGGAGACACCCACUUUGAUUCUGCCGAGCCCUGGACUGUCCAAAACGAGGACCUAAAUGGGAAUGACAUCUUCCUGGUGGCCGUGCAUGAACUGGGCCAUGCCCUAGGCCUGGAGCACUCCAACGAUCCCUCUGCCAUCAUGGCUCCCUUUUACCAGUGGAUGGACACAGAGAACUUUGUGCUGCCGGAUGACGAUCGCCGGGGCAUCCAGCAACUUUAUGGCGACAAGUCUGGGUCACCCACGAAGAUGCCCCCUAAACCCAGAACCACCUCUUGGCCCUCUGUCCCAGAUAAGCCCAGAAAUCCCACCUAUGGGCCCAACAUCUGUGAUGGGAACUUUGACACUGUGGCCAUGCUCCGAGGAGAGAUGUUUGUCUUCAAGGAGCGAUGGUUCUGGAGGGUGAGGAAUAACCAAGUGAUGGAUGGAUACCCAAUGCCCAUCGGCCAAUUCUGGAGGGGCCUGCCUGCAUCCAUCAAUACUGCCUAUGAGAGAAAGGAUGGCAAAUUUGUCUUCUUCAAAGGAGAUAAGCACUGGGUGUUUGACGAAGCCUCCCUGGAGCCUGGGUACCCUAAGCACAUUAAAGAGCUCGGCCGAGGACUGCCUACUGAUAAGAUUGAUGCGGCUCUCUUCUGGAUGCCCAACGGGAAGACCUACUUCUUCCGGGGAAAUAAGUACUACCGUUUCAAUGAGGAAUUCAGGGCAGUGGACAGCGAGUACCCCAAAAACAUCAAAGUCUGGGAAGGAAUCCCCGAGUCUCCUAGAGGGUCAUUCAUGGGUAGCGAUGAAGUCUUCACGUAUUUCUACAAGGGGAACAAAUAUUGGAAAUUCAACAACCAGAAGCUGAAGGUAGAGCCGGGGUACCCCAAAUCAGCUCUGCGGGACUGGAUGGGCUGCCCGUCAGGGGGCAGGCCGGAUGAGGGGACUGAGGAGGAGACGGAGGUGAUCAUCAUUGAGGUGGACGAGGAAGGCAGCGGAGCCGUGAGUGCGGCCGCCGUGGUACUGCCUGUGCUGCUGUUGCUCCUGGUGCUGGUGGUGGGCCUUGCUGUCUUCUUCUUCAGACGCCAUGGGACCCCCAAGCGACUGCUUUACUGCCAGCGUUCACUGCUGGACAAGGUCUGACCCCCACUGCUGGCCCACCCGCUUCUACCACAGUGACUUUGCCUCUGAAGGCCGGUGGCAGCAGAUGGUGGCAGGUGGGCUGCCCUCACCCAUCCUGAGCCCCUCCCUCCAGCCUCCCUUCUCAGUCCCUCAAUUGGCCUCUCCCACCCUCACCCCAGCAGUGCUUUGUCCAUAGGUGGGUCCCCUGAGGGUCGAGCAGGAAGCUAUCUGGCCUCUGGCCCUCAAGGGACUUCACAGCUUGGUAUGUGUCCAGCCCUAUUUGAAUGUUGUCAGGGCUCUGCACUUGAAGGCAAGACCCUCUGACCUCACGGGCAGAGGCCAAAUGGGGUCAUCUGCUUCUUUUCCAUCCUCCCCUAACUACAUAUCUUAAAUCUUUGAACUCUGACCUCAGGAGGCUCUGGGCAUGUGAGCCCCCAUAGGUACCAAGUGUACCCAGUUGGCACCCUCUCACCAGUCUGACUAAAAGGAAUCUGAGGAGUGUGUGUUUGGAGGUGGAAAGAUUGCUCAGCUACACUAAAGACUUUGAUUUAAAAUAAAAGGAAACAAAGAAAAGGAAAGAAAGA